CCGCUGAGUCACCGUCGCUCACCCGCCCCGUCCCGUCCCGUCCCGUCCCGUCCCGUCCCAUAAAGCGCCGUCGGGCCGAGCGUCGCUGCCCCAUGGCUGCGCCGAGCCCCCCCGGGACCCCCCGGCCCCCUGCCCGGCUCCUCCUGCCCCUGCUCUGCUGGGCCCUGGCCCCCCCAGGCACGGACGCCGCGGCCCUGCAGCCCCCCACCAUCACCGAGCUUCGGAUGCCGGCUGAGCCCCCCCGCCCGGGGCAGAGCGUGCGGGUGCGGUGCGAGGCGUCGAGCGCGCUCCCGGAGCUGACGCUGCUUUACUGGCUGGGCAACGGCUCGUUCGUGGAGCAGCUGCAGCCCGACGGGGCCGUGCGCGAGGGGACGCUGCUAGAGGAGCCGCGGGGCCCCGGCGUGAUCCUGCGCCGCGAUCUGCACAUCAGCUCCUUCGGCGCCCGGCAGCUCAGCACCAACUACAGCUGCGUGGUGCUCAGCCCCCUCGGACACGACACCAGGGAGCUGCGCUGGUGGCCGCAGCCCCCGGCCCCCGGCAGCCACGAGUGAAGGGUCCCGUUCCCACGGCCCCGCGGCUGCUGCUUCCCCGGGAGCUCCCGGCUCCGUGCCCCGACGGGAGGGGAGGGGAGGGGGAUUCUGCACGGCCCCAGCUCUGGGGGUCCCGCUGAGCGCUGCCCGGGCUGGCCCCGGCGCCUGAGCGGCUUCA